ACGAUUCAUGUAAGAAAAUGAAAUUUCGUGCAAUAAUGAUAGAUACCGGUCCCAUGCGGGAAUUUACAAACAUUGUGAGUACUAUAUCGAAACUGUCUAAAGAAUGCGUGUUGCGGCUAGCCGAUGAUCAGCUGUAUUUCAUUGUAAGUGAUGACAACAGCGGUCCAGGGCCACCUAUACUAUGGUGUGAGAUUCCUCAUGCAACGUUCUUUUCUGAGUACCAAAUGGUUGGCUUCGAUGAUGAUCAUAAGGAUAUUUACUUGGGCUUCAGUUCAGCAAAUUUAGCUAGAUCUCUAAUUACAUUGAAGACAGCCAAGUCUCUAAAAAUGAAGCUAACAAAGAAGCAGUGUCCGUGCCUUACUUUGGAUAUUGAGACUCCAUCGUCAACCUCUCAGCAAACAAGGCAUGUGACACAUGAUAUUCCAGUUACUGUCAUACCAAGGAAGCUCUGGUCUGAUUUCCAUGAACCGAAGAUACCGCAGCCUGAUAUAUCAAUAGAACUGCCUCCACUAAAGCAGCUCCGUACAACAAUAGACCGUAUGAAAACAAUGUCUUCAGAAGUUGUCAUCAGAGCUUCAGCUGAAGGCAGGCUUACGUUGCAGAUUAAUACUGACAUGGCUAAAGUGUCAACGAGGUUCAAAGACUUGAGGGUAGAGGCUUUUCAAGGCCCAAUCGACCACUCAGACUCAGAAACAGAGUCCCAAAUAAACGAAGACCUGUCUCGAAUAUGCCAUUGCAGAGUAGAUACAAAGAAGUUAUCGAUGUUCCUGAGUGCGGAUCAAAUUUCGCACAAUCGAACUGUGUGUAGUAUAGUUCAUAAGAAGUUAGUCAUCUUGUGUUUACAGACUGAAGAGAAUGUGAAGUUGCAGUGUUUUAUUAGUGGUAUUGUGUUUUAGGACACUCAGAUGAUAAAGAAAAUGUCACAGUAAAAAAUAUUUUGAAAAAACAUGGACUUUAAAUUCUCAGUAAAACGUCUUAUGCUUAAAAAUGUUUCAUUGAUCAAAAACAUGUACCAAUUACUCAAGAGGAUUGCUAAUCUCCAAACUACAUAUCGUAACUCUGAAAAAGGUCAAAAUUCCGUCUUAUAUGUAAACUGCCCUAACAUCAGGGAAAAGACCAAAUUAGCCCGACUUCGCUGGCUUGGCCACGUCGAGAGAAUGGGUGAGGAUCGUGCAGUCAAGAGAGCAUAUCUGGGGCAACCGACUCUUAGAAGACCGAUUGGACGUCCUAGAUAUCGCUGGAACGACCAAGUCGACAAAGACCUGUGUGAGCUUCGAAUAGCCGAUUCGCAAUAAGCGACACAGAAGAGAGAAAAGUGGCGCAUCUUAGUGACGGAGGCCAAGAUCCAUUUCGGGUCGCUGAGUCAGCGAAAUGACUAUUUGUAAAUGGCGCUGAUCACUAGUAUAAAUUAUUUGAAUGGCCGUGGAUAUCAAUUAAUCUCUUUUUAAUAUGAAAUGUAAGAAGUCAGUUUUUUAUACUUGUAAUAUUGUUCAAAUAUUGAUAAUGAGCUAAAAUUACUUUCUGAACAAAUAUACGUGUCAGUAGAUGUCAUUGUUUGUCACAAGUUACAAAAUAGGCGCUUUGUCGUCGAGUUGCGGAUACCAGCCCGUUGCACCAAGUACCAAGUUGUUACAAGUUAAUAAUAAUAAUAACGCACACACUCAACAAGCC